AUUGUCUGGAGGGAAGGCAGGUGGACUUCCUCUGCACUCGCCUGGCAUGGGCUCUCAAGUUUCCAUUGGCUGGUAACAAAAUAGGGAGAGCGCAUUUGUGAGGGGGGCACUGGAUCCCAGGCUACACGAGGUGCUGAGAGGCACGUGCUCUUCAAGUAAAUGAAUGUGCCUUUUUCCUUCUCUUCUCUCUACGUCUUGUUUAGACGUAAAUGGGAUUGGUUGUGUGUCGCGGAUUAGCCAAUUUGCCAAGAGCAGGGGAAGGGGAGGGUCGAGACUCUGUUCUGGGCCAGUAAAAAGACUCACUACCUCUCUCCUCUGUCCUACUGGAAGUUGCUCGCUAGCUUAAUGUCUGUGGGGGUUAGGCAAGACUGGUCGGCACACUCUAGCUGGGACUGAGAAACGGGGAGAGGGAGCCAUGGAGGUCUUGUUGGUUCCCUUCUGCGGAGAGACAGGUGGACUUCAAUCAAGUUAUAAAAACAAGGACAAUCAACGGAAACAUGAUGCACGUGAUCUCAAUUUCGAAUCUCAUAGCAAAGUGUCUGAAUACUUAUGUAAAUAAGGCAAUAUAUCACUUGUGAUGCCGUCCGACUACAGCCCAGCAACAAAUAUCACACUAGAAGCAGUCAAUGCCAAUGUGAGGACCCAGAUGAUCAUCAGCACAGCAGAGAGAGUUUCUCACACAGGGAAUGUCCUCAUAGGUACCCCCUGCACACACACGCCAACUAUGAUUGACCAGGGACGCAACCAGGAUGCCAACAAGUGGACCCCAGGGGCCAAGAAGCGAACUCAUGAUUUCAUUGACUCAUAUUUCUCUGACCGGGAUGCGCUGUGCUCAGGAGACUCUUCAGCCAGCAAGCGACUGAAGGGCGAUAAGAACGGGAAGGGCCUGAGGCAUUUCUCCAUGAAGGUGUGUGAGAAGGUGCAGAAGAAAGGCACCACGUCCUACAACGAGGUGGCCGACGAACUGGUGGCUGAGUUCACCCACUCCACCAACGUCAUGGCCACAGACUCGCAGGUGUAUGACCAGAAGAACAUCCGCAGGCGUGUGUAUGAUGCUCUCAACGUGCUGAUGGCCAUGAACAUCAUCUCCAAGGAGAAGAAGGAGAUCCGCUGGAUCGGCCUGCCCACCAACUCGGCCCAGGAGUGUCAAAACCUGGAGGUGGAGAAACAGAAACGCAUGAAGAGGAUCAGACAGAAGAGAACUCAGCUGGAAGAACUCAUACUGCAGCAAAUCGCAUUCAAGAACCUUGUGCAGAGAAACAAAGUCAGCGAAACUUCCUCCCUGGCCCCUCCCCCUUCCGGCUCUGUCAUCCAGCUCCCCUUCAUCAUCCUCAACACAGACGUACGCACUGUCAUAGACUGCUCCAUCUCCAGUGACAAAUGCGAAUACCUUUUCAACUUUGACAACACCUUUGAGAUCCAUGACGACAUAGAGAUUCUGAAGCGCAUGGGGAUGUCCCUGGGCCUGGAGAGUGGGAAGUGCACCGCAGACAAUCUCAUUGUUGCCAAGUCCCUCAUCCCCAGGUCUCUGGAGACCUACGUCAUAGGCAUAGCAAGAGGCACCAGUCAAACAAGCUCUUUCCCAGGUGACCUAGACUCCGCCUCUUUGAAUGGAAGUCGGAGCUUCAGCCUCAGUUGCACCGCCUUCUCAGAGUCUCGAGGCCAGACGCCCAGCUCCUUCAACGAGGAAGAGGAGGACGAUGAUGAUGAACCCUCUUCCCCAGAGUGACUGACGGACAAACAGACAGCCGGGCAGGCAUCAGUGAUACACCAUACCGCUCCCUCUCUGGGACAGGACUCUUGUCUCCCACUCUGUUCACAGGGGGAAUGUAAGUUCUCUGGGAAUGUGGCCAGAUAUACAGGAAAUAAGCUGCCAAUCAUUCAGGUCUAUAACAAGAUAUUUUAGAAGCAUUUAUAUGUCGGUCUCCCUCUUAAUUUCUCCAUUGUAGUUAUUUUUUGUAAAUUACUUCCGUAGCGCUUUCUGCCAAGAGAGGGGAUAGCUGCGUAAUCUCAACUCCUCGAAAAAUGGUUUGUUGUCUUUAGAUGGAGUGCAAUGUUUUGUAGGUGUUUUCUACUAGACGUAAGCACUAGGAGCAGUGCGGCUAUGCAUCAAAACGCUCACACUGUCUCGACACACCAGACUCGGCGACUGAAUAUUUUUUGUGAUUGUUAAAGAUGUCUUAAAUAUUUAUUUUAUUUUUACAUUGAAACAUGUCAAACGUAUAUGAAUAGUAUGCGUGUUGAUGUAGGCUAGUGGUUUUGCGUUCUGUUCUAACUUUAACGCAACAACAAACAAACGUUACUUAUGAUACUCCUUUAUUCUUUUUGCAGUUUACUGUUAGCCACUUGAUGCAACUGUGUGGAAAGAUACCAGCAGCAAACUUUUGCCCAGGUAUUAGCUCUACCCUGUCUAGAAACGAGGGUACAUUAUGAGUAAAUGUAGUUCUCUUUUAAGUGUGAACCAUUAUUCCAUUAGUCUGUGUCUCAUCAAAUACCUUUUUUAAUAUAAUCCUUGAGCCAACAUGUAAUGGCCUAUUCUGUUAAAUGCGUUGCACCCUCCUGAAUGUGUCCUUGAUAUGUUGUCAUGAACCUUGAGCUCGUUAGGCCCUACACUCAGUGGACAUUCCACUUGGGGAAACGUGUGUACUCUCUUUUAGGAGGUUAUGCUAUGUAGUUGCAGAAAUGACUGGGUCUGUAAAUAUAUGUAAAUAAACAUCCAUUUUGGUUAAACCUG